AGUCCGCUCCACAAACAGAACUUGUGGCUCCAGUGCAUUUACCUGCAUUGGCUUCCAAAACCUUCUCUCUCCCUCACACAGUUGCUUAAAUUGCCCCUCAUCAACUCCGAGUCACCUCCUCUUUCUCUCUCUCAAAGCUCUAGGAACUUUGAAGGAGACUCUACUUAGUCACCCCCACAAUCCAUGGCCGCCGCCAGAAUUUCAUUCUCGUCCACCUCCCGUACAAGUUAUUACCGCCAUAGCCCAUUUCUCGGCCCAAAACCCACUCCAACAACCCCAUCAGUGUACCCCAUAACUCCGUUUUCUCCUAAUCUCGGCUCAAUUCUGAGGUGUAGAAGGAGACCCAGCUUCACUGUUUGCUUUGUUCUUGAGGAUGACAAGUUCAAAACCCAAUUUGAGGCUGGGGAAGAAGAUAUUGAAAUGAAGAUUGAAGAGCAGAUCUCAGCGACGCGUUUGGCGGAGAAAUUGGCUAGGAAGAAAUCGGAGAGGUUUACUUAUCUUGUUGCUGCGGUUAUGUCUAGUUUUGGGAUUACUUCCAUGGCUGUUAUGGCGGUUUAUUACAGAUUUUACUGGCAAAUGGAGGGUGGAGAAGUUCCUUUUUCCGAAAUGUUUGGCACAUUUGCUCUCUCUGUUGGUGCUGCUGUAGGAAUGGAGUUUUGGGCUAGGUGGGCACAUAAAGCGCUAUGGCACGCCUCUUUAUGGCACAUGCACGAGGGGUUAGGGAUCACAGUAUUUGGGAUGGCAUACAUGUUCGUUCAUGAUGGUUUGGUUCACAAGAGAUUCCCUGUUGGACCUGUAGCUAAUGUACCUUAUCUUAGGAAGGUGGCUGCAGCUCAUUCGCUUCAUCAUUCAGAGAAGUUCAACGGUGUCCCUUAUGGCUUGUUCUUAGGACCUAAGGAACUGGAAGAAGUAGGGGGGCUGGAAGAGUUGGAAAAGGAAGUGAAUCGAAGGACAAGAUAUAUAAAAGGAUCAUGAAUGAUUGAUCUCAUUGUUGAUAAACACACGUCAUUUUGCAAUUUCUGUCAGUGGGGAGGGGGGAGGGAAUUUUUGAUGUAUUUGACAGUGUAGAGUGAAUGUAGCUCUAUUGAUGAAAUGAAUCUGUAUUUAUUUAGGCUCUUGUUCAGUAAAGCAAGGGAAAAAAAUUAUUAUUUA